AAGAAGAGCAAGUCAAAAGAGGAUGAAAAAGGACUAACAUUCGACCGCCUUGAAGAUAAGCUCAGUGAUGAUUUUUCAGCGAUGAGUACGAAAGAGAAAGAACGUAAAAUAGAAGCAAAAUAUUCGCCUGGUGCCCAGAGCGAGCGGGUUAGGACCCUGUCAGCAAAAGGCAAGACAAAGUCUGCGAUGUCCAUAGUAAAGAAGGAGAAGCAUCUUUUAACCGAGAAUCGUAGCAAUAGUCUCGAAAAACAAACUGGAGAUGUGGGGUUCGGAUUAUUUGAAGCGGCCAAUGUAAUGUGCAAUAUAGUGGAGAUUUCCAAGGAUAGCACUAUGAUUCGACGCACCCAAGAGACCUAUGCUGCUACACCUCCUCAUUCGAAACCUGCAAAAGUAUCCAGCAAAUGUAAGUUUUGA